GGGAAAGGCGCGGGCCGGCCGGGCUCCAGCGGGCAGUGAUGCUGCCGCCUGCGCCGGCGGAGCGGGCUGGGUGAGGGCGCGCUCCGGCGGGAGAGCGGCAGGCGGCGCCGGGCGGGGCUGCUGCGGAGAGUGGCUGGCUGGCCGGCCGGCGGAGAGAAGGGGCGGCGGCGGGAGAGGAGGCGGAGGAGGCUGCAGCGCGCCCGCGCGCCUCGGGGCGGCGCCAGCCGAGAGGUCGCGGGCAGGCAGCGGGCUCCCCCUGCGGGCCGGACAGGAAAAUUUCGACAUGUUUCAAAUUCCUGUUCAAAACCUUGAUAAUAUAAGGAAGGCUCGGAAGAAGGUAAAAGGCAUUCUUGUGGAUAUUGGGCUUGAUAGCUGCCAGGAAUUACUACAGGCUUUUAAAAGCUUUGACCCAGGAGAAAAGUAUUUCUACAACACUUCAUGGAGUGAUGUCUCACUUUGGGACUCUGUGACUAAAAGAAAAAGAUACAGAACAAAUCCAUACUGCUGUAGCCUGUGCAAGUUUUCAUCAAAAUUUAUUUCUUCUUUCAAAAAUCACUUGAACCGUUAUCAUGAAGAUGAAGUUGACCAAGAAUUAGUUGUUGCAUGUCCAGAGUGUGCAUUUGCGUCUCAUUCCAAAAUAGUAGGGAAACACCUUCGGAUGUUCCACUCAAAGAAAAAAAUACAAAACUAUAACGUGAGUGGUGGCAUGAGGCAGUUCCGGAGCGAUGCGGUAAACUUCAUCUGCCAGAAAUGUCAGUUUACAGACACGUUAUACUACAAUACAAAGAAACAUGUGCUGGUAACUCACUUCCCAAACCUCAUAAAUACAUAUUUUGAGGACAGGCUUGAUGAAAGUGAAGAGAAUUUUACCGAUCACUACUGUAAAAAAUGCAAUGCUUUUGCAAACAGCCGGGAUUCUUUAAUUUAUCAUGUCCUGACAUCUGAAGUACACAAAGACUUGGAGAAUAUAUUGAGACCUGUAAUUUCAGUACAGCCUAAGAAAUCAGGACAAGCAAAGUCAUUGCCGAUUGUCAGUAUAGCUCCUAAGCCUUGCACUUUGGGAGUUAGUCCACCAUUAAUACCUACAACUGCCUCAGCGGGCUCAGCGGCUACCACAUCAUGCAUUCAGCUUUCACUCCCCCCAGUCAAUAAGAAUCAGACUCUGGUGCCAACAAAAACUGUUCAGAAUUCAGUUGGACCAUUGAGUGUUUCAAGUGCCUCCAGUAGCAUCCAGCAAACAUCCACUCCAACUUCAGUUGCUCAGUCACGUAUUACGCUUAUGUCUGCUGCUCAUCCAGGAGGUCAGAAUAAUGUUUCUCUUCAACCUGCAGUUUCCCAGCCGAUGUUUGUUUCUCAUCGGCUUCCCGUAAAACAGCCUGUGAGACCUGGGGUUUUCUGCCUGAACCAGCCAGCUGGCACCAUAAGUAGGGCUGUUCCUCCAGGAGUCCUUUCUUUCAAUCGACCCAUCAGGCCUACUCUGCUUCCUGUUAAUCAAACUGUUAGGACUUUAAGUAGUCCUGUUGUGUCUGGGACUCUCCCUGUGACCCAGUCAGCUGGGUCUCUAAAUAGACCCAUUGGGGCCAGUGCUGUUCCAAUAAACAGACCCUCUGCACCUGGGGUCGUUGCUGCAAACAGACCUGCUGGCUGUUUGAAUAGACCCAACGGCCCUGGGAUUCUUCCAGUGACCCAGACGAUCACAUCAGGAGUUCUUCAGUUUAAUCAUCCUGUUACACCAGGGGUUCUUCCUGUAAACCAGUCAGUUGGACCAGGGAUUCUUCAGUUUAAUCAGCCCGUUGUACCAGGAGUUCUUCCUGUCAAUCAGUCUGUCCAGCCCGGAGUUUCUCAAAAUGCUACUUUACUUACUGCUGGACCUGUACUUAGACAAUUAAUUCCAACUGGCAAGCAAGUUAACGGGAUCCCUACAUACACCCUUGCACCGGUUUCAGUUGCUCUGCCUGUGCCACCUGGUGGUGGGGUGGCAACAGUUACGCCACCUCAAGUGCCCAUUCAGCUGAUGCAGUCUGGCACAGUUAAUCAGCUGUCUCAGCCUCCAGCUACUGUGCCUUCUCCUAUUGUUGUAACUUCUACAAAUACCCUGGCCAAGACUUCUCCAUCUGCCUCUCAAAUGAGUCUAGCUCUUAAACAGGCAAAGCAGUGGAAGACCUGCCCUGUUUGCAGUGAGCUUUUCCCAUCAAAUGUCUAUCAGGUGCACAUGCAAGUGGCUCACAAAUUCAAUUUACUACAGAGAAAAGUUACUCUUGAAACUGAUAAAGUGGCUGCCUCUGCGCCUUUUCUAAGGUGGUUGAAAGAUAAGACGGUCAGAUGUUUUUCUUGCAAAUGUUUCCUUUCUGAGACAGAACUUAUAGAACAUUUGUUCACACAUGGAUUAACUUGCCUGUUUUGCACCAGUACUUUCCAUGACUUAAAAUGCCUUGUAGAUCACACCAGAAGUGUACAUAAAGGAAAGAAGAAACUGCAUGCUGAUUAUGAUGACAAAGGAUUUCAGCUAGAGAGUGAUUCUGAAGGCAACCUCCUGUUUCCUCACUUUGACUACAAUAUAAUAGCACCAAAAGAACUUUGUGAAAGAGAAGUGCACCUUGCGGUACUUGCUGGGGUAAAUUCAAGGACACUUAUUCCUUUGUACAUCAGACUGCAACAUGAAACUGCUGAAACAAAUAAAAGUAGUAAGAAAGUCUCAACUUGCCCCUUCUGUUAUGGAACUUUUACGAGCGCUGAAGCCUAUGAGAUCCAUUUGAAGGAGAGGCACCACAUCAUGCCAACUGUGCAUACUAUUCUAAAGACUCCUGCUUUUAAAUGCAUCCACUGCUGCGGAGUGUACACUGGCAACAUGACUCUGACAGCUAUUGCUGUGCACCUGCUUCGCUGCCGGAGUGCUCCCAAAGACAGCAAUCCGACUGUGAAAAUGGAGCUGGAACUUGAUGAGACGAAAUAUCUGCCCAUUGUGAAUGGUGAAAAUCAUGAUGCUGUGUCACUUCCAACUAAGAGGAAGCAAUCUGAUCAUCUUUAUGCUGUUGCAGAGGACCAAGGGAAUCAGGACCAGCCAUUCCUGAUUAUAAAUAGUGGUACGGCCCAAGUUCCAGUAAAGGAGGUGAAUUUUGUGCCUUCCAAACGACAAAAGACUGAUCAUAAGACAGAAACAAAGGGACAGGCUUCAGUAGAAGAUAUUUUAGCAUUAAAUCCAAAGCCAUUCCAGCAUAGCUCAAAUGAUGUUCAAAAAUGUUUUCUUGCAGAUUAUUUUCAUAAGAACCCAUAUCCCACUAAAAAGGAGCUAGAAUUACUUUCUUCUAUUCUGUGUGCAUGGAAAGUUGAUAUUGCAUCCUUUUUUGGGAGAAAAAGACAUAGGUGUCUAAAGUCAAUAAAAACUUUCAAGCCAUCUGUGCUUUUGGGGUUCAGUGUGUCUGAACUUAAAAAUGUAAAGCACAGACUGAGCUUAAAAUGUGAAUCGGAAGAUCUGUAAUUUUAAAAAAAAUUAAUAUAAGACAUUCAAGACUGCAUACUACUUAGUUCCAACAAUUGUCUUAUUUAGUUUAGUUUCUUGUGGCUUAUUAAAAGAUUAGUACACAGUGCCCGGUUCAGUUUGGGCAAUUGUUCAUUGUGGCAGUAAGGGUACAGUAUAGUAUACCUGACGCUUUGUUCUUUUGUUCUUACUUUGUUUAUGGAGUAGUUCUCUCCAUCAUGGUUUUUUAUACAACUGUGUAACAUAUUUACUGGUUUUUUUUCUUAGUAUCUAUUGUUUCUAAAAUAAAGUGUAUAGUUUUGGUAAAAUAUCAAAACAGAUUUAGGUCAUAAUAAAUUACCCUCUUCUAAAAUUAAGAUGGUUACUUCUAAUCCAUAUUGCCUUGUAAAAAAAAAACACUACCUAGAUGACAGCAGUGACAAAUUUAAGAGACUUUGUUAGUCAAAUGCACUGUUGGCUCCCUGUAGAUAGAAAGAUAAAGAUCAGCCAGGGCUUUUCAAGUACCGUUUCUGAACUUUUCCUUUACUAGCAAGGUGUCAAACUGGAAAUUUUUGCCCUGUUGGAAAAUUUAGUUUAAUAUUGCUGUUUUGUAAUAGUUGCUCUGUUUUCUAACAUAGGCUGGAUUUAGUUGAAAUGUUAGUAGGAAUUCUGAGGGUUUGCUAUAAUUUGAGUCAAAAAGCAGUAUAAUGUUUCCUGACAUUUCACAUUUUAUUUCCAAGUAUUACUUUGGUGCAAGUAAGCAGUUACCAAAUCCUCAGCGGGGCCACAAUGUCUAAAUAGGGAUCUCUUAAUCUGGUGUUAUUUCUGGCAGGGCAUUCUCUGUUGGUUUUAAAUAACCAUUCCAGGAAGAAGUUGGAGUCCCUAUCUGUCCUGCCAGUAUACUGGCAAACGUUUCAGUGCAGAAUUUGUAGUAACUGCCUAACACCAGCUCCAUCUGGCUAGACUGUUUGUAUAUGGAGAAAGAAAUAAAAGGCACCUUCAGCAGUGCCAACACGUUUUUAUUUGUCCAUCCUGCCUGAUCAUUGGUAUGUAACAUCUGCAGUCUGAUUAGGAUGGGGUGAAAAGUGCCUGAGAAAACACACAAGUGGGGCUCAAGAUGCUUCUUUACUAACCAAAAUGCAGUUGGUGAGCCUCAAGCAUAGUGCGAGUCUGUUUCAAUUUGCCAUGGUGUUUGGAUCAAUGCUGACUGAAAGCUCUUGCCAUCAUUAAUUAAAGCAGUUAAAUUGCUAUUGGAUGCGUCACCCUGCGCAUGAUAGUCUCAUCUAAACUUAGCCAGGAGACUGAAAAGAUAGCGUGGGUAUUCUUUUUCAAAACAGAAUACGUCUUUGAACUCUCUGCUUUUGUACUGCAGUUUUGACUAAAUUUAUUUUAUUUGGGGACAGUGUAUGUAUGGGUAUUUUUCAAAUCAAGGAGACUAUUGUUUAACCACUGAAAGAUCAGUAACAAUUCUGUUCAACUUGAAUAGGACUGACUUCUUACACUACUGUAGAUUAACAGUGAGGAAAAUAAUGUACUUGAUGUGCUGACCACAUUGUUUUCUAGUUACUAACAAAUCUCUUCUAAGGCAAGGGAUGUUAUUUUAUUUUGAUGAAACUGCAUGUGAAUAACUGUACAUAUUAAGCAGGUACAUUACAAGCUGUUACAUUUCUAUAAACAUCAGAACAUUUUAAGAGGG